CUGGGGUUGGGAGGCUGGAGCUGGCUGUCCGCGGGCGCUGCCCGUUGGAUGCCCCGCCCCCUGGCGCUAACUCCUCCUUGUCUCCUCUUAGUGAGGCGGCUGCGCAGUACAACCCUGAGCCCCCGCCCCCACGUACACAUUACUCCAACAUUGAGGCCAACGAGAGUGAGGAGGUCCGGCAGUUCCGGAGACUCUUUGCCCAGCUGGCUGGAGAUGACAUGGAAGUCAGUGCCACAGAACUUAUGAACAUUCUCAACAAGGUUGUGACUCGACACCCUGAUCUGAAGACUGAUGGUUUUGGCAUUGACACAUGUCGCAGCAUGGUGGCCGUGAUGGAUAGUGAUACCACAGGCAAGCUGGGCUUUGAGGAAUUCAAAUACCUUUGGAAUAACAUCAAAAGGUGGCAGGCCAUAUACAAACAGUUUGAUGUUGACCAAUCCGGGACCAUUUGCAGCAGUGAACUCCCAGGGGCCUUCGAGGCAGCAGGGUUUCGUCUGAAUGAACAUCUCUAUAACAUGAUCAUCCGGCGCUACUCUGAUGAGGAAGGCAACAUGGAUUUUGACAACUUCAUCAGCUGCUUGGUCAGGCUGGACGCCAUGUUCCGUGCCUUCAAAUCUCUUGACAAAGAUGGCACUGGACAAAUCCAGGUGAACAUCCAAGAGUGGUUGCAGCUGACUAUGUAUUCCUGAAUGGGAACCCCAGACUUGCCCCCUCAACACUUGCUGUAGGAGUUACCUUGGAGCUGCAGUCUCCCUGAUGGCUGAUCCCAUCUAUGUCACAUCUUCAUGGUCCUUCUGACCCACCAGCCUUUUUUUCUCCCAGCCCUUGGCACCUAGUUUCUCCAUCAACAUCCAGGGCCUAACAUACCCCAUUCCCCGAGUUAAUCCUGGCUCUAAGUCAUGCUAACAGGCUUUGCCCACCUCUACCACACCCACCUCACACCCCCUCUAUAACCUCUCACUUUUACCUGUACCAAGCCCCACAGGCCUCAAAGGCCCUCUCACAGUUCUGGAAGGAUCAUUCCAGUCCCUACAUACCCUGGCACACCCGUUCAUAGUUACCAUCCAAGGGGCCAAACUGGGCUAUUCCUGGCCCACAUGCCCUAGUGCCUUUGUAUUCUGCUCCCAGCCUACCAGGCUCAGGAGAAAUAAAUGCACCCAGUUGCUGCUCUCUGUGG